AUGCAGAAGAAAUCAAAGGAAGGAGCAGUCCAAUAUGAGAAGAGUGAUAAGGUGGAACCUUCCCCAGCUGAUAUAAAAACUCGGAUUGUAGAAAAAUUUGCUGUGUUUUUAUCCUGGUUUCUUGUAGUGAUAUUUUUUCCUUUCUCGCUAUGCUGCUGCGUAAAAGUGGUUGUGGAGUACCAGAGAAUUGUAAUUUUCCGCUUGGGUCAUGUCAGAUGCUCCGCAGGUCCGGGUCUCGUCUUCAUUCUUCCCUGUAUCGAUUCGUUCAAAACGGUGAAUAUUUUUACAGAUGUGAUAGAUGUCGGUGACCAGGAUAUGCUUACCAAGGACUCGGUGUCAAUAACAGUGAACGCAGCAGUGUUUCACUACGUAUUCAAUCCGAUAGACUGGUUCAUCAAGGUGGACGGUGGCAAUGAUGCUGUGAAAACUAUUUCCCAGGUCACUCUGCGCAACAUUGUGGGAUCGAAGAAUCUGCACGAAAUAUUGGCCUCCAGGCAGCAACUAUCCCGGGAAAUCCAGGCGGCCUUGGCCGAUUUCACCAGUCGUUGGGGAGUGUAUGUGGAGAGAGUGGAUCUGAUGAACAUCGAAUUGCCAUCCAGCUUGGAAAGAUCCCUGGCCAGCGAGGCAGAAGCUAUUAGAGAAGCUCGUGCCAAAAUUAUUCUUGCAGAAGGCGAGCUUAAGGCCUCGAAGGCUCUGAAGGAGGCUUCCGAUGUCAUGUGCGGAAACAAGAUAACACUUCAGCUGAGGCACCUGCAGAUCCUGUCAUCGAUCGCGACGGAGCGACGUGUCCGGAUCAUUUACCCCAUUCCUCUGGAGAUUAUGGCGCCUUUUAUGAGUGACAAGGAAAAUCAGAAAGAUGGCGGCGAUGAUGGCGAUGAUAAUAGCAAGAAGACGAGAAAAGAAGAUGGACGAGGUAGUGGUGCUGGAGGUAGCAAGGACAUUCAAAAGGAAGGUAGUGCUUAUGGUGGUGGCGGAGUCCUGUCGAAUUUUAUAUUUAGUGGUAAGGAAGAGACGACGCAAAACACUAAAGAAGAUGCCAAGCCAAAGGACACUAAUGAACCUGGUGAAACGAAAGGUCCAAAUAAUGCUGCAGUAAUAAAUAUAGCUAUAGGAGAAAGUCGGAAUACAAGGAAAGGUGAAAAAAGUCAGAGACCUACGUAUGUCGCUUAUGAAAUUAUGAAAAACUUGUAA